UGUGUUGUGAAAAUCACAGAGCAACCGCAAUUGAGAAAAGAAAAGAAAAAAACCAAACCCAACAGCAACAACCAUCAACCCCAUAGAGAUUGAGGGGGACCUCUCCUCCGCCAUUUUCUCUAUUCUUCAAGCAAACUCCAUUCUCUUCUCUCUUCACUCCAUUCAGAUCUUGCUCGGGUUUGGUCUUUUCGCUCUCUUUUUCAUUCGUAUUUAUGGUCGUGUCUUAGAGAUCACUCUCAUUCUAUACGCGUAACCAAUUCACUUCUCUCUCUAUAUUCGUGUCCUGAAUCCGGAUCGCUGGAAAUGGUGAUUUCGGGGCCAAUCACCCCUGGACAGGUGUCAUUUUUGCUUGGAGUUAUCCCAAUUUUUGUCGCAUGGAUAUAUUCAGAGUUAUUAGAAUACAAGAAAACUUCGUCUCCUCCUAAAGUUCAUUCGGACAGUAAUCUGCCUGAUUUGGAAGGGGACACUAUAAAGGAAGAUGACCGAGCUGUUUUGCUUGAAGGAGGCCUCACAAAAUCAGCAUCUGCAAAGUUUCAUGCCUCUUCAAUCAAAACAAACUUAAUUAGGUUUCUUACUAUGGAUGACUCUUUCUUGCUAGAGAAUCGCACAACUCUGAGAGCAAUGUCUGAGUUUGGGAUGAUUCUGGUAUAUUUCUUUAUAUGUGACCGCACAAACAUACUGGGUGACUCUACCAAGACAUACAAUCGAGAUCUUUUCCUCUUCCUCUACUUUCUUCUCAUUAUAGUUUCAGCAAUGACUUCCUUGAAGAAACAUAGCGACAAGUCUUCAUUCUCUGGAAAAUCGAUGCUUUACCUUAACCGUCACCAGACUGAGGAGUGGAAAGGAUGGAUGCAGGUCUUGUUUCUUAUGUACCAUUACUUUGCUGCGACGGAGAUGUACAAUGCAAUUCGUGUCUUUAUUGCUUCAUAUGUUUGGAUGACUGGAUUUGGAAACUUUUCUUAUUAUUAUAUCAGAAAAGACUUCAGUGUUGCACGGUUUGCUCAAAUGAUGUGGCGGCUAAAUUUCUUUGUAGCAUUUUGCUGCAUUGUUCUUAACAAUGACUAUACACUGUACUAUAUCUGCCCAAUGCACACCCUAUUCACUUUAAUGGUGUAUGGAGCCCUUGGUUUAUUUAACAAGUACAACGAGAGCAGCUCAGUAAUGGCCGUGAAGAUGUUUGCAUGCUUUCUUGUGGUUAUCUUGAUUUGGGAAGUUCCUGGAGUUUUCGACAUUCUCUGGAGCCCUUUCACAUUCUUGUUAGAGUAUACUGAUCCUGCAAAGCCAGAUCUCCCUCUACUGCAUGAGUGGCAUUUCCGAUCUGGACUUGAUCGUUAUAUUUGGAUCAUUGGCAUGAUAUAUGCCUAUUUUCACCCUAAUGUUGAGAGAUGGAUGGAAAAGUUGGAGGAAUCUGAAUCCAAGAAGAAACUCACCAUCAAAACAGGCAUUGUGGCAGUUUCCUUAUUUGUUGGAUAUCUGUGGUAUGAAUGGAUCUACAAGCUGGACAAGGUCACAUACAACAAAUACCACCCAUACACUUCAUGGAUCCCUAUCACUGUUUACAUUAGCUUGCGCAAUUUCACUCAGCAGCUUCGGAGUCUCUCUUUGACUCUUUUUGUGUGGCUUGGAAAGGUAACAUUGGAGACAUAUAUUUCCCAGUUCCACAUCUGGCUGAGAUCAAACAUGCCUAAUGGACAGCCUAAGUGGCUUCUUUCUCUCAUCCCUGAAUAUCCAUUGCUGAACUUCAUGCUCACAACUGCUAUCUAUAUUCUGGUAUCUCAUCGUCUCUUUGAACUAACUAAUAGCCUAAAGACAACUUUCAUACCCACAAAAGACAACCGGCGAUUGCUGUAUAAUUGUCUUGCGGGGGCUGCUAUUUCCUUAAUUUUGUAUUGCAUCUCACUCAUUCUGCUUCAGAUCCCUCAUUCACCAGCCCGAGAAAUCAAUACCUGAGAGUAAAUUGGGGGUGAGUGUGUUCAAGUUGGACUUACACGGAAAUGUAGAAGACUGUAAUAAGGGUUGAAAGAUAUUGGUUGCAGAUCUAGCUCAUCAACAAAAACACUUAAAAGAGAUUUGAGGCUAAGUGCUCUCAUAUUUAAAGAUGCCUCUAGCGAAACUUGGUAGUCAAAAAUUGUGCAGUGGAUCGGCAGGGGAUGGAAGGUUUUUUUUUUUUUGUAGAAUUGUGUAUCACCGUAUGUAAUUUUUUUCAUUCGUUGAGUCAUUGAAGAAAAAAUAGGUAACCAUGAGAUAGAUUUGUUGUACUUGUAUGGCAUCUGGAACAAAAAAAAAAACUAAACUGUCAGUAUUAGUGCAAUUUCAUCGUUCAUUUAUUUUUUUCAUUCGUUGAGUCAUUGAAGAAAAAAUAGGUAACCAUGAGAUAGAUUUGUUGUUCUUAUAUGGCAUCUGGAAGCAAAAAAAAAACUGAACUGUCAGUAUUAGUGCAAUUUCAUCGUUCAUUUACCCUG